CGCCAUGGCUGAUACCUCCCUCCUCCUCCCUUCGCCGCCGCCCCCGCCCUGUGCGCCGCCCCAUUGGCGGCGGGGCGCGGCCAACGAGCGCCGGCCGUGUUGGGGCGUGAUGCGAGCGGCGGCGUGGAAGGCGCGGGCGGCGCUGCUGUAUUCCGUGGGCGGGUGGACGGCGCUGUUCGGGAUGAUGUACUACACACGCCAGGGCGGCGGCGGCGAUGACGGCCCCGAGAAUGAAAAUGAUCCUCAGACGAACCCAGUACCCCACAAGGAAGUAUACACUUCGGAAACACCUUUAGGAUUCCAAGUGAGAACAGAAAUAAUAUACAAAGAUGUUCAGCCUCCUGUUACUCGACUGCUCAGGCGUGUGGUAUCGUUCUUUGAUUCUAGUGGCAACCCUCCUUCUGAGAAGUGAGCUGCCUGAAAGCUCAGAACAUUGUGUUGGGGCUCUGAGAAUGUCAUCCCAGUGCCUUACACCAGACCACCACUGGAAAAUUGUCCCCUUGCAUCGCUGAAGCAACAGCUCUGUCUUGGACACCUCUCUGCUGGACUUGCAAACCUUCUUGUCUGCUUGUGUCGCUGCUGUUCUCUGUACAUGUGUCGGAGUUGCCGAACAUGAACUGGGUUCAUCCAGGUGUGCUGUGAGGUGUUAAUGAACCUCUGUGCUACCUGGUGUCCCGUGACCAAUGCUCUGACCAGGUGUGAAGUUGAUUUCCCAGCUGGUGUGCAGGACGUACCUGGAUGAUCCAGAAUGUACCUGGGAUGACUUUCAACUGAGCAGCUCUGAAGUGAAUACUUGAAGAACAGUGAGUAAAUGGGAAGAAGUUUAGUGUUUCAGGCACAAGAGUUCUUACUCGUGUUUCAAAUAAAAGUUUAUGAGGGAUGAAUUACAAGUGCAGAAAUGUUACUGCGAGAUAAAAAGUUAUUAAAUUUUCUACUCCAG